UUCGGGGCGCGCAGGCGCACUACCUCUGUCGGUACUUCCGGGACAGCUCCCUGAGACUUUUGUGGCGCCGGUGCCGCGCCACCGGGGACGGCGGCCGGGAGGAGAGGCGCGCGCUCCGCACUCUGGCUCCCGUAUCCCUGCGGUGCCUGCCAUGCGCUACAACGAGAAGGAACUGCGGGCUCUGUCCCAGCAGCCGGCGGAGCUGGCGGCGGAGCUGGGCAUGCGGGGGCCCAAGAAAGGCAGCGUGGCCAAGCGGCGGCUGGUGAAGCUGGUGGUCAACUUCCUCUUCUACUUCCGGACGGACGAGGCCGAGCCCCUCGGAGCCCUGCUGCUGGAGCGCUGCAGAGUCGCGCAGGAAGAGCCCGGCGGCUUCUCCAUCAGCUUCGUGGAGGACCCAGAGAGGAAGUACCACUUUGAGUGCUGCAGCCAGGAGCAGUGUGAACAGUGGACAGAGGCACUGCGUCGGGCCAGCUACGAGUACAUGCGGAGAAGCCUCAUCUUCUACAGGAACGAGAUACAGAAGAUGACGGGCAAGGACCCCCUGGAGCAGUUCGGCAUAUCCGAGGAGACCAGGUUUCAGCUGAGCAGCUUGCCCAGAGAGGGGCAGUCAGCUUGUGUCAGCUCCCAGCUGGAUGAGCUGGACUGACCCUGGGCUGGGCCCUCUGCCCUGGGUUUCUGGCCAUGACUGCGUCUGCAGUGGGAGGUGCUUUGGCCUAAGGAUGGGUGGGAUGGACAGGGACUGCCUCUUUUGAGAAACCGCUCAGCUUGCCCUUCCCUCCCGUCUUGGGGGUCCCCCAGAUCGGUCCAGCACUUGGCACCUAAGUGCCACGUGCCCCUGCCUGGUCUCUCCGGUGCAUCCAUUGAGGGCCAGGGGGGCAUCUGACUGGCACAACUCUACUGUCUCAUGCCAGCUGAAUGUAUGUACGAGGCUCUGUGAAGCUGUGAAUGUGAGGGUCUCCCUCACCAGCUGUGAACUUGAUUCCUGCUGAUGGCGCAGGCCCUGGCGCUGGUCUCCAGGUCGCCAAGCUUGCCCUGUCCAAUAAAGGUACCUCUUUUCCAGA